UCUAUUUUUUUGUUCUCAUGCUUAAUUCCAACUCAUAAGAAUCUCAUCCACACCCUAUACUCUCUCCCUCCAUUCUCUCUUCUCAUUCUUCCCAUCUUCUUUUAUUUUCCCUUCAUUCCUAAAAUACCUUCAAAUUCCAUCUUUAAAAAAGUUGCAAACUUUAAAAAAACAAUGUCUCCUUGGCCAUAUUUAGUUUUUCUUCUUCUUUUCAUUUUGCUCACUUCAAGUAAUGCAAACAAUGAACAAAGGCUUCACCUCAAAACACUUCAAAGAACACAUCAAAGCAAUAGCCCAAGUUGUUAUUCUCAAAAAUCAAAAAGUGAAAAUGGAGCAACAGUAUUGGAAAUGCAGCACAAAGAUUACUGCUCUGGAUCAGUUACCAACAUGAACAGAAAUCAUCAGAAACAACUGAUAAUUGAUGAUGAUAUUCGAGUUCGGUCAAUACAAGACAGUAUCAAGAACAUCAUAUCUGGAAAAAUUGAAACUUCAUCACAAAACAAUAUUCCUAUUUCUUCUGGUGUCAAACUGCAUAGUCUAAACUACAUUGUCACAGUAACAUUAGGUGGUCGAAACACGACAGUGAUUGUGGACACAGGAAGUGAUCUCACAUGGAUUCAGUGUCAACCUUGUAGACUAUGUUAUAAUCAACCAGAACCUCUGUUUAACCCCUCUGUUUCUCCUACUUAUCGCAAAGUUAUAUGCAACUCGUCGGUUUGUCAAACACUUCAGUCUGCAACUGGAAAUUCAGGGUCAUGUGGGAAUGAUUUACAAGAUUGUAGUUAUGUUGUCAACUAUGGUGAUGGAUCCUACACUCGAGGCGAACUUGGUCAAGAUCAUUUGGUUCUUGGAAGCACAUCUGUUGAGAAUUUUGUCUUUGGUUGUGGAAGAAAUAACAAAGGUCUAUUUGGUUUAGCCUCAGGGAUUAUGGGACUUGGAAGAAGUGAUCUUUCUUUGAUAUCUCAAACAUUUGAGACUUUUGGUGGUGUUUUCUCCUACUGUUUGCCUUCAGCUGAAGCUAAGUCCUCUGGCUCAUUAGUAUUAGGAGGUGACAGUAACACUACAAUUUUCAAGAACUCUACACCUAUUUCCUACACUAGAAUGUUAGCAAAUCCACAGCUUGUUACCUUCUAUUUUCUCAAUCUAACCGGGGUUACUAUCGGUGGGGUGGCUAUUCAAGAUUCAGCUUUUGGGAAAACUGGGAUGAUCAUUGAUUCUGGUACAGUUAUCACAAGGCUCCCACCAACAAUGUACAAAGCUGUUAAAGCAGAGUUCUCGAAACAAUUUUCAGGGUACCCUUUUAAACAAGGAGUUUCAAUUCUUGAUACUUGUUUUGAUCUUUCUGCAUAUGAAGAAGUGAAUAUUCCCACUGUUAAAAUGCAGUUUGAAGGUGGUGCUGAGAUGGAAGUUGAUGUUACUGGGGUUCUUUUUAUUGUAAAAAGUGAUGCAUCACAAGUCUGUUUGGCUCUAGCAAGCCUCCAAUAUGAUGAUGAGAUUGGAAUUAUUGGAAAUUAUCAGCAGAAGAAUACUAGGGUUAUAUAUGAUAUAAAACAGUCACAAGUUGGAUUUGCAAAAGAGACAUGUAGUUUCUGAGUUUUCAUCAUGCAGAUAAAAGAAGUCAAUAAUGUGACUUUUUGGCAAUGAAAUUUUAAGAGUGAUUAUUUUUUCUAAUAUAAACAGGUUUUUAAAAAUGUUUCAAUGGAACUAUGUAGUUUUAUAUUUUCCUA